AUAAACGUCUGGUGUGGGUUUCCCCCUUUUCUUCCCUUUUAAGUGUCUGCAUUCAGUUUCUCUGGUAGUUUUGAGUGACAUCAACACGGGUCAUUGUCCAGACUUACCAUAGUCUUUUCUCCCUGUUCUCCCCCCCUCACACACACUCACUCACAGACGUACACAGAACACACCACUGUCACCACUCCCCCUUUCCCCAAUCAGUUUUGAAAACACUGCUGAUUUACUGGAAGUGUGACUUCAACUUCUGUUUCUGAAGCGAAACCAAGUUCAAUUCAGUUUACAACGGAGAAGGUGGGGAGGAGAACAAGCUCAACACUCCUCCGCCCUCUGAGUAAUGACAGUUCUUUCAAGAGCCUGAGAAGAAAGUGACUAGCGUCAAAGAGUGGAGAAGAGAAGUGGAGGGGAGAGAGCCUGUGUCAACAGCCCUGUGGCACCAGCCAUGACUCCAGACGAACCCCUCGAGUGCUUCAUCUGUCGAGAACAGGAGGUGACAGACCAGGAUUCCUUGCAACAGUAUUGCGACUGCAAGAGUUUAGCUGCUCACCACAAGUGUUUGUUGACCUGGAUACAGAAGGAUCACAGGAAUGAAGCAAAGCCAAGAUGCAAAGUGUGCAUGGCUGAGAUGUGGCCACGAUUCUUGGUUUCUUGGACAAAGAUUGUGGAAAGAGUUACAGAGAGAGAUGACCAUCGGCAAAACCAGACCCAGAGAUUCUCGGUGAUGCGGUCAAGGGAGUACCACUUGGAGAACAGCUCAGCGUGGAAGCUGGUUGCGGUGCGUUGGCAGAACUGGAUGAUUCUCGGGCUAAUAUUGGGCCUGAUGGUGAUGGUGCUGUUCAUCGUGUACUGGAUGAUGACCGCUUUCAGUAACCCACCACCCCACUUCCUUUUCAAAGCUGCUUCCAUUUGCUUCGGGUUGAUAUCGGAAAUGUUGCUGAUCAGGCUUCUCCUCCAUUGCUGCUCCAGCAGGUACAGCAGAGCCAAGAUAUCCUCGUUCUCCGUCAUGGGGAGGAGUCUGGAGGAAGGGGACAGAGGCCCGAACCUUUUGUCACUACCUGGUCAGAAUCCACCAGUAGCGGCAUCUAGCAGAGUGGAGAAUGACAAGACCCUCGACUUGGGCUUGUACGUUUGAGCCAAGUAUCCGGGGCAAGGCUAGGAGCCGAGGAUACUUGGCCAAUGUCACCUGCCUCAGAAGGAAACAGACAGACUCUUGGUGACUCCAUUCACUUUUGAAUUUGGGGAGAGAACGAGCUGCUCUCUCUAUGUUGUGGAGACAGGGGCACUGUAGGAUGGGGGGAAUGUAGUAACUGUACAGGGGAUGGACUGGAUAGACGAGGCUUGAAUCUGUACAGUUCACCAGCUGCGGUACUUUCGACAGGAAACAACUAUCACUGGGGGAAGGAAUAAAAAUCGUAUUGGAGGACAAGAAAUUCACAGCUGCACAAGACUUUUUGGGCAGCCACUUAAGAGAAAUUGGUAAACCUGCCCAAACCUGCUCACCUGUAUGUGCAGCGUAAUUAUCAUUGAAAAGGCCAGAGGAAACGCUGAAGGGAAAAAUUGCAAUAACACAAGAAAGCAGGCACUGCUAAACUCAAGUUAAGUUGUCCUGCACUUAUAGGCUUGGCCAGGUUUGACAGUAAGUCUCUCAGUUAACUGUUUCUUCACUUCUGAAGGGUAUAUUAGCAUGUUUGCACUCUCGUAGCCUAUAAACUGUGCCUAGGCCCUGUGGCUUUGACUGAUUCUUAUGAAUGCACUUUUUUGUUAAAAGAUAUGUUUGUUACUUUUUAAACUUUUAAAUAGCAAGAGGAAAGCACUUUUUCAGUGACAAGGACUGUUCCUUCCUGCCAAAUCUAUGCUCACACUACAUAAAGGGUUAAAAAGAAGAACCUAUUUUGUGCUGGUUUAAUUUUUCUCUCUCUUCCCACGUCGAAAGUAAGAGGUCGUGCGUUUGCAGCAAGAUAGCCCUGCCUGCCAGAUGGGCAUUUACAUGUCUGUACGAGUGCUUGGAUUAUUUCAUUUCCUGCGCAGGGGCCUCCAAAUGCUUGCACUGAAUGCCACUGGAAAAGCAGAGAGGAGCAGCGAGGGAAGCUUGCUAAAGUAGUGACUUGAGCUAAUCGGGGUUAGACUGCAGGAAGAGAAGCCACGAGUGCCUUCCUAAUGACUCUCACGACAGUAGAAGGAUAUAUUUCACCAUCCCAUAUAUCUCAGUAAUUGGUGUACACUUCAGUUAACCUUUAUUGCUGGUUUAAUACUUGCACAUGAUAAGGACUUUGCAUCAAAUGAUUGCAAGAUUCUUAAUGAGAAUAUUGGUAAAUUUGUGUCUUUCCUCAAAAUAAAGGCAGUCCACUAAGGAUUUUAGAUGGGCCUGUUAAUUUAACCAAGUGCUUGAGGAACCUUUACAGACAG